AUGUGGCUCGUCUCCACAGAGAUAAUUAUCGCAGGGUGCUCUACUUUUUUUUCAUCCUCUCAAUGUAUCGCAAGGUGCGUCUCACUUUUUUUUUCAUCCUCUCAGAUCCUUAUCGAUAAUCUACUCGAAGUUGUGGAGCGACUGAAGACGAUAGAAGCGCAAAUGCUGAAGAUGCGUCAUGAAUGUGAGGAACGUGCAAAAAUAUGGGAUGCGGUGGAACGCGAAGUAAAAGAUCUCGAGGAGAAGAAUCUCCUUGACAACCUUCUCGCAGUUGUAACGCGACUGAAGACCGUAGAAGCGCAAAUGCUCCGUAUGCGCAAUGAAUGUCAGGAACGUGAGAAAAUAUGGGAAGCAGUGGAACGUGAGGUGAAAGAUCUCGAGGAAAAGGCAGUCAUUUAUCGGUACCGGGUCAUGGAGACGCAGUCGGUGCACUCUGAUACCAAGCACUGA